ACUGCUGGCAAAAAAAAUAUUGAUGACGUUUUUUUCGCAUCAUUUUUAAUGUGGAAUUAAAAGUGAAACAUUUCAAUAUGCACCUGCAUAAAAAACACAAAUAACACGCCGCGUGCCGAGAGUUGACCACGGAGCCAUCGAGGAACACCACACAGCCGACGCAGAGCAGCCAGCAGCGAAAGUUGCUGUCGUUUCCGCAAUCUGCUGAACAACACAACGCACAGGGCGAGGGCGAGAGAAGCAGCAGCAGCAAGAAAGAGGGCCACUUGGAGAACUCGGGAUAACAAUAUAAAGGUCGACCUUGGGAGUUGCAUAUGCACAAUAUGCAAAGUAACUCCACGAAAACCAAGGAAAUGUUUAUUGUGCGUGCUCUAGAGAAAAUCCUUGCCGACAAGGACAUACGGCGCUCCCACCACUCGCAGCUGAAAAAGUCCUGCGACUCGGCACUGGAGCAGAUCAAGGCGGAGCUGAUCAGCGCCGGCCAGAUUGCCGAGGGCAAUGAGCUGCCCUGCGCGGCCCUGCCGCUGCCAAAGAACGAUGCGGCCAGCAUCAUCAAUGCCGAGACCUACUUCCUGCCCUUCGAGCUGGCCUGCAAGAGUCGCUCGCCGCGAAUUGUGGUCACAGCCCUGGACUGCCUGCAAAAGCUGAUUGCCUACGGACAUCUGACGGGCUCCAUCCAGGACUCGGCCAAUCCCGGCCAUCUGCUAAUCGAUCGCAUUGUCAUCACCAUAUACGGCUGCUUUAGCGGUCCCCAGACGGACGAGGGCGUACAGCUGCAGAUCAUUAAGGCUUUGCUCACUGUGGUCACCUCGCAACAUGUCGAGAUCCACGAGUUUACGCUCCUCCAGGCUGUGCGCACCUGCUACGACAUUUACCUGUCCAGCAAGAACCUAGUCAAUCAGACGACAGCGCGGGCGACGCUCACCCAAAUGCUGAACGUCAUAUUUGCCCGCAUGGAGAAUCAGGUGUACGAGGUGCCUCCACCCCCGCCCACAAACGGCAGCAUACACUCGGCAGUGUCCGAAGACUGCAAUGGAGAGGACUCACUGGCGGAUAGUGACGAAGUCAUUGCCUCGGAGCUGCUGGCUGAGAUCAUAACAGCUGCCUUCAAUGAGGCCUUCAAAGAUCAGGAAACCACCGAAGUGGAGGCUGUGCUUGUGAACGGCAACGAUUCUUCGUCCCAUUCGGAUCCCGACAGCGUUGAGCUGCACAACGAGAACGAUGCCGUUGUUACGGCCAAGUUUACACACAUUCUGCAGAAGGAUGCAUUUCUGGUGUUUCGAUCGCUGUGCAAGCUCUCGAUGAAACCCCUGCCGGAGGGACAUCCUGAUCCCAAGUCGCACGAGCUGCGCUCCAAGGUGCUGUCGCUGCAUUUGUUGCUGCUGAUACUGCAGAAUGCGGGGCCAGUCUUCCGCUCCAAUGAGAUGUUCAUCAUGGCCAUCAAGCAGUAUCUGUGCGUGGCCCUGUCCAACAAUGGCGUCAGUCUGGUGCCGGAGGUCUUUGAGCUGUCGCUCUCGAUCUUCGUGGCGCUGCUGUCCAACUUUAAAGUACACUUGAAGCGUCAGAUCGAGGUCUUCUUCAAGGAGAUUUUCCUCAACAUUCUGGAGGCGAACUCGAGCAGCUUCGAGCACAAGUGGAUGGUCAUUCAAGCGCUGACGCGCAUCUGUGCCGACGCUCAGUCUGUGGUGGAUAUUUACGUAAACUACGACUGUGAUUUCUCGGCGGCCAAUCUGUUUGAGCGGCUGGUCAACGACCUGUCCAAGAUAGCGCAGGGCCGGCAGGCACUCGAGCUGGGCGCCAAUCCCAUGCAGGAGAAGUCCAUGCGCAUCCGUGGCCUGGAGUGUCUCGUCUCCAUCCUCAAGUGCAUGGUGGAAUGGAGCAAGGAUUUGUAUGUGAACCCAAAUAUGCCCGUGCCAGCGCUGCAGGUGCAGUCCCCCACGACAACAGAGGAUCAUUCGGCGGACACCACCAUACAGACGACGUACAGUGGCUCCAGCCACAGCCUCAACUCCAACCAGGAGCAGCUGCAGGAUCUGCCCGAAGCGCUGGAGGAGCGCAAGAUGCGCAAGGAGGUGAUGGAAACGGGCAUUGAGCUCUUCAAUCGGAAGCCCCAGAAGGGAGUGCAGUUCCUGCAGGAGAAGCAGCUGCUUGGAGCCACCUGCACGGACAUUGCCCGCUGGCUGCACGACGACGAGCGCCUGGACAAGACCGUCAUUGGAAAUUAUCUGGGCGAAAACGAUGAUCAUUCGAAGGAGGUGAUGUGCGCCUACAUCGAUGCCUUCAACUUUCGCCAGAUGGAGGUGGUGGCCGCUCUUAGGAUACUCCUCGAAGAGUUUCGGCUGCCGGGAGAGGCGCAAAAGAUUGAUCGCCUGAUGGAGAAGUUUGCCAGCAGAUAUUGCGAGUGCAAUCCGCAGAAUCAGCUAUUCCAGAGUGCAGACACGGUGUACGUGUUGGCCUUCAGCAUUAUCAUGCUAACGACGGACCUGCACUCGCCGCAGGUCAAGCACAAGAUGACCAAGGAGCAGUACAUCAAAAUGAAUCGUGGCAUCAGCGACAGCAAGGCGGACCUGCCCGAGGAGUAUUUGUCGUCCAUCUACGAUGAGAUUGCCGAGCACGAGAUCAAGAUGAAGAACAACACGGGCAUGCUACAGCCCAAGCCCAGCGGCAAGCAGCCCUUCAUCACCGAAAAGCGGCGCAAGCUGCUCUGGAACAUGGAAAUGGAGGUGAUCUCGCUGACGGCCACCAACCUCAUGCAGUCCGUCUCGCACGUUAAGUCACCCUUCACAUCGGCCAAGCACCUGGAGCACGUGCGUCCCAUGUUCAAGAUGGCCUGGACCCCAUUCCUGGCCGCCUUCUCCGUGGGUUUGCAGGACUGCGACGAUCCGGAGAUAGCCACACUCUGCCUGGAUGGCAUCAGGUGCGCCAUCCGCAUAGCCUGCAUCUUUCACAUGUCGCUGGAGCGUGAUGCCUACGUGCAGGCUUUGGCAAGGUUCACGCUGCUGAACGCCAACUCACCCAUCAACGAGAUGAAGGCCAAGAACAUAGACACCAUCAAGACGCUCAUUAUGGUGGCCCACACGGAUGGCAACUAUCUCGGCAGCAGCUGGCUGGACAUUGUCAAGUGCAUCAGCCAGCUGGAGCUGGCCCAGCUCAUUGGCACGGGUGUGCGACCGCAGUUCCUCUCCGGCGCCCAGACCACGCUCAAGGACUCGCUGAACCCCAGCGUAAAGGAGCACAUCGGGGAGACGAGCAGCCAGAGCGUUGUGGUGGCUGUCGAUCGCAUUUUCACGGGCUCCAUGCGGCUGGAUGGCGAUGCCAUUGUCGACUUUGUGAAGGCCCUGUGCCAGGUGUCGUUGGAUGAGCUGCAGCAGCAGCAGCCACGCAUGUUCUCCCUUCAGAAGAUCGUGGAGAUUAGCUACUACAACAUGGAGCGCAUCCGUCUGCAGUGGUCGCGCAUCUGGCAGGUGCUCGGCGAGCAUUUCAAUGCCGUUGGCUGCAACAGCAACGAGGAGAUUGCCUUCUUUGCUCUCGACUCGCUACGCCAACUGUCGAUGAAGUUCAUGGAGAAGGGAGAGUUUAGCAACUUUCGCUUCCAGAAGGAUUUCCUGCGCCCCUUCGAGCACAUCAUGAAGAAGAACGCCUCGCCCGCCAUCCGUGACAUGGUGGUGCGUUGCAUAGCCCAAAUGGUCAACUCACAGGCCCACAACAUUCGCUCCGGCUGGAAGAACAUCUUCAGCAUCUUCCACCUGGCUGCGGGGGACCAUGAGGAGCCCAUUGUGGAGCUCGCCUUCCAGACCACGGGCAAGAUCAUCGGCGAUCUGUACCACCGGCAGUUUGCCGUCAUGGUGGACUCGUUCCAGGAUGCCGUCAAGUGUCUGUCGGAGUUUGCAACCGCCCGUUUCCCGGACACCAGCAUGGAGGCCAUUCGGCUGGUGCGCACCUGCGCCCAGUGCGUGCACGAGGCGCCCCAACUGUUUGCUGAGCACGCGGGCAUGGAGAACGACGCUUCGGUGGCGGAGGAGGAUCGCGUGUGGGUGCGCGGCUGGUUCCCCAUGCUCUUCUCGCUCUCCUGCGUGGUGAAUCGAUGCAAGUUGGAUGUGCGCACGCGCGCCCUCACGGUGCUCUUUGAGAUCGUAAAGACCUACGGAGACAGCUUCAAGCCGAACUGGUGGAAGGAUCUGUUCAAUGUGAUCUUCCGCAUCUUCGAUAACAUGAAGUUGCCGGAGCACUUGACCGAGAAGUCCGAAUGGAUGACAACCACCUGCAAUCACGCCUUGUACGCCAUCAUUGACGUCUUCACGCAAUACUUUGAUGUGCUCGGCCACCUGCUGCUGGAGGAGCUGUUCGCCCAGCUGCACUGGUGCGUCCAGCAGAGCAACGAGCAGCUGGCCCGCUCCGGCACCAACUGUCUGGAGAAUCUGGUCAUCUCGAAUGGGUUCAAGUUCAACGAGGUUACCUGGGAUAAGACUUGUCAGUGCAUUCUGGACAUCUUCAAUGCGACGCUGCCACAGGAUCUGCUCAGCUGGCGACCCAAGGGACAUGCCAGCCACCCCACCUCGCUGCAGGAACACAAUCACUUCGAGGCUCUGCACAUACGAUGCGUGGUGCAGCUGGAGCUGAUCCAGACCAUGGAUAAUAUUGUCUUUUUUCCGGCCACAUCGCGGAAGGAGGAUGCCGAAACGCUGGCGCAGGCAGCAGCAGACUUAACAGGCGGACGUAGCGGCUCCCAAUCGCAGCUGCUUGACUGCCAGCGUGAGGAGCAGGGCAUGUAUGGUUAUCUCAGAACACGCCAGCUGCUCACCCUGGCCGAUUGUCUGACGCAAUCGCAUCGCUUUGCCAAGCGCUUCAAUGCCGACCAGGAGCAGCGCAGUCUGCUGUGGCGUGCCGGCUUUAAGGGUUCCGUGAAGCCCAAUCUGCUCAAGCAGGAGACCUCCUCGCUGGCCUGUGUGCUGCGCAUUUUCUUCAAGAUGUAUGGCGACGAGAACCGGCGCAGUGACUGGCCGGGCAUAGAGCAGGAGCUGGUGCAGGUAUGCAAGGAAGCGCUGGCCUACUACCUGAGCCUGCAAAGCGAAGCGCAUCGCGAUGCGUGGACAUCGUUGCUGCUGCUUAUCCUCACACGCCUCCUCAAGAUGUCCGAUGCAAGGUUUGCCACGCACGUGUCCAACUAUUACAGCCUGCUGUGCGAGAUGAUGUGCUUCGACCUAAAGCCCGAACUGAGAAGUGUCCUUAGGCGCGUGUUCAUGCGCAUUGGUCCAGUAUUUAAUAUAGUGAAUGUUAAAUAGUCAAGGAAAAGCCUCAGUUGACUAGACUGGACUUGGCCAUGUUAAUAGAUUGCUCCCACUAAUUCCCAAUAAUAGUUUAUCCAGCACUCCUUUCGGUUCCCUUUUGGUUUUGUUGUUACAUACACCACUACACAUACGAGUAUAUAUAUA